UGGCAGCUGGAUCCAUCUCUGACGGGAGCCCCAGGAAUUGGGUCGAUCCAGUGACAGACACGGCCAUGGCCCUGAAGGGACCCCGCCCCUUGCUCUUCCUGACCCUGGUCCUGCUGGCUGCCAGCCUUGCCCAGCUCAGCAAAGGUGCCAGCUACCGGCAGUUCGUGAUCCGACACUUCGACAGCCCCAAGACCAGGGCUGCCAACGACCGGAUCUACUGCAAUCGCAUGAUGCAGAGCCGGGGCCUGACCCGCGUCUUCUGCAAGCUCCGCAACACCUUCAUCCAUGCCCCCGCUGGCCAGCUCCAGGCCAUCUGUGCCCAUGGAGGGACACACGUUAGCCUCAACCUCUACGACAGCCUGGAGUCCUUCAACGUCACCACGUGCCGGGCGCUGCCCCGCUCCCGUCCGGGGCACUGUAGAUACAGGGCUGCAAUCGGCAACACCAAGAUCCGCGUGGCCUGUGCCAAGGGGCUGCCUGUGCACUUACAGCCAACGUACCUGCCAUGAGCGGGGAGCAGGGAUCCCCCUUCUUCCCCCCACCCCCGCUUUGAUCCUGAGCAGCCCUCUGUUGCUGGGGGCUCCCUGUCCCCAUACCUGCCCUUACCUGCCCCUCCUGGGCAACGCCCGCCAUGGGUCUCCACAGGGACAUUCAGUGCCUCCCCUUAUCCCACAGGUCAGCAGCUUGGGGCCUGCGGGGGGGGAUUUCCCACGCUGGGUGCCCAGUCUCCAUCCACACAAAUGAAGAUCCGGGUGCCAGCCCCCUCAGCUGGCACAGAGACCCUCAGUCUGAGCCCAGGACCCACCUCACUGGGCAGGAUCCAAACACAACUGGCCUGGACUUGGGCUGGAGCUGCCCCGAACCCACCAGGAGUGGAAGAGGCCGAGCAGCUCUGAAACCUCAGACCCAUUUCAUUGAGGGGCCAGUUUUAGCCCCCCAAAUAUGAUCAAAAUUCCCACAACCCCCUUGGAUUUGUCUAAAUCUGCAUGACUGGAUCUGGCCCUGUCACUGGGGGAUGUGGAACCAGCUGAGCCUUGUGUGGCCAGACACCACAGGACUAAGAUGGGAAGGGGGCUGCUGGUCCGGGUAGAAAUGGGGGGCACUGUGGGAGAGGUUAACACCUGUUCCGUUGUCCUCCCUUCCCCCCGGAGCUCCCCAGGCAAUGAGAUUUGCUAGGCCGGAGCUAGGGCAGAACUGGGAGGCGCUUGGGGUCUCGUCCCUGGCUCUGACAUCUCUCAUGUGGGUAUAAGAUGAGGCUGUGACCUGAGCUGAAGGGGAAAGCGGAAGGGGAGGUUAUUUCUGUGGUGGCAUUGGGUGAUGCUGUUGGGGAGUUCGAUUCUCUGGCUGCCACUAGC